GUGUGUGUGUUCUCUAUAUUAGUCCCAGCAGUGUUAGCUCCUGUAGAGUUACCAUUAGAGUAAUAUUUCCUCUCUGCCUGCCCAGUAAUAAUACUGAUCCACACUGUCACAAGAUCGUUAGAACUGAAGACACGGUCUAAACUGCAGCCUCCAACACGAUCUGAUAUGUUGCGUAGGUGGUCUCCGCGACGCGAAAGAGAGAUGUGGGGUUUGAGGCGAUCAUACAUACAAAACCAAAGAAGAACAUAUAAGAAAGUGUUUCUAAAAUGAAAUUAUGUUCUGUGCGAUGGUCCUUGUCGUUAUUUUUGGUUUCCAGGGUGAAAAUGGCAAAAGGCUCAACUGACCGAAUGGCUCUGCGUCAUCGGAGCGCAUCCAAUAGCGAACACGCCUCUUGUCGUGCCAAAUAUAAACGCUGCUGUCCUCCGACAUGCAUACGGACGCUCAACCCGUUUUAAUCCGGUGGAUGAACAAGUUACAGUCAGCAGAUGUCCACUGAGUUCGAACAAUCUGACUUUGGGUCCAUGUCUUCACACUCAGAGGCAUAAUGGAUUUAAACUCCACGCACUCUGCAGUGCGCGACUUGGCGCAGAGGUUGUUUGGGAAUAACUCUCUGUUGUCAUUUGAUAACGACACCGUUGCUUCCAAAACAGAGGAGGAAGAUUUGGAAGUGAACACGGACGUUUACUCCAGGGUGAUAGUCACUGUCAUCUACGUGGCUCUGUUCGCUGCGGGCUCGCUGGGGAACGCCAUCACCCUGUACACCCUGCUGACCAAAAAGACCCUCCAGAACCUGCAGAGCACCGUGCACUACCACCUGGCCAGCCUCGCCGUCUCCGACCUGCUCAUUCUCGUGCUCUCCAUGCCCAUCGAGCUCUACAACUUCAUCUGGUUCCACCACCCGUGGGUGUUUGGGGAUGCGUUGUGCAGGGGUUACUACUUCCUCCGGGACAGCUGCUCCUACGCCACCGCGCUCAACAUCGCCAGCCUGAGCGUGGAGCGCUACAUGGCCAUCUGCCACCCGUUCAAAGCCAAGAGCAUCAUGUCCCGCAGCCGCACCAAGAAACUCAUCAGCGCCAUGUGGAUCGCGUCCUUCGCUCUCGCCACGCCGAUGCUCUUCGUCAUGGGCCAGAAGAUGCGUAAUGGCGAGAAGAUAUGCACCUCUAUCGUCGCCCCUGUCACCAUUAAGGCUGUGCUCCAGGUAAAUGCAUUUCUGUCCUUUGUGGUACCCAUGGUGGCCAUCUCUGCACUGAAUGGGGUCAUAGCCAAUCAGCUGCUGCGAAUGUUCCGUGAGGCAGAGCAAGACAACCGUGUGUGCAUCAUUGGGGGAAAUCCCACCACUUUGAAUGUGACCAUGGAGCCCAACCGCGCUCAGUCUCUUCGCCAUGGAGUUCUUGUUCUUAGAGUGGUGGUCAUAGCCUUUGUGGUCUGCUGGCUGCCCUAUCACGCUCGGCGCCUCAUGUUUUGCUACAUCUCUGACUGGUCUGAUAACUUGUAUGACUUCUACCACUAUUUCUACAUGCUGACGAACGUCCUGUUCUACGUUAGCUCGGCCAUCAAUCCAAUCCUCUACAACCUGGUGUCAGCCACCUACCGCCAGAUCUUCUUCUCCACGCUACGCUACUUCUGCAUGCCCUGCCAUCAUACACCCAGGAGGCAUCCCCACCCCCUGACCCGCCACUCCAUCAGCAUCUCCAGCAACCACACGCUCUCCACCAACAUCAUCAAAGAGACAGCGUACUGAUGGACUGCUAUGAAUUACACUCUCUCAUACUAUUAAGCUACCACCUUGUGAAUACCAGCCCAACUUUGUCAAGGGAACUCUGAUAGCAGUUACAUCAUCAUCAUUUCCAAAUGCACAUUUUAUGAUGUGAUAUUGUGUGAUAUGUCUUGAUUCACUACAUAUGUGUUUGUGAAAUAAAAAAACUAAAGAUGAAAAAAGGAGGAAUGAUGGGCAUAAACAGAUUAAAAUGUUAACUGAAAUUUAAA